AUGAGCAGCACCGAAUCUAAUACCAGACCUGGUCUCAUCCAGCGGACAUCUUCCCAAGUAACGCGCCAAAAGCGAGAUGACCUUGAGAGAGAGCCCACCGUGGCGCUCGACAAACUGCAGUCUUCGGACUCAUUGCGAGACCGUAACGAUGUCUCUAGUAACAGGCAGUCCAAUCGACCACAGACGGCGCAAGAUAGUGUACGAGCGCAGCAAAGCAGCCUGCAGCGACAGCAAACCGAGAAAAAGACCGAAGACAAACACUACGUUGAUAACGACUACUACUCGCUGAAUCCAUGGUAUGAGCAAGAGCCUCCAAAGCCACUGUUUGGUUUGGGCCGACCAUUCCCACGAACGGUCCGCCCUGGCAUGUUGUGGGGUCGUAAGCGCGCAGAAGAGCAUGACCAGCAAGAGCAAGGAAAAGGAGGUCAGUCUUAUCAGAGUCAAACCAGCCGUGAGUUCACCGAAGUCAAUGAACAUGUUGUGUCUAAUCAGAAUGCUAGAAAAGGCCCCCAAGGUGCUCCGACUCUGCAGAUCCCACCGCGAAUAGACGAACAUGGAGAGCCUCAACCGCCACCUGAUCGUUUUGAGGCAGAGAUGGAUGGCUACAAAUGGAUCGUCACGAGAGUCAAAGAAACUGAAGCUGAUAGCUCGGACCAGGAGCGCGGCAUUGGGCGUGAAGACCACAUCGACAACAAGCAGCCAUCACAAGAGGUACAUCAGGGCCUGCAAUCACCCACCAGGAUGCCAGAUAGCAUGGGUGACGACUUCCGUGGCGAUCAUCCACCCCUGGACGACACGCAGUCGGCUGCUACAGCCGAGGCACAGGCCGAGAAGCAGGAGAUCCGCGAUCGAGAAGAGGAAGCCAUUCAAGACUAUUACAAUACGUACCGUAGCCCGCUUGCACGAUUUCGUGCACGUCACCGUGAAGCUCUCGCGGAGUUUCUUUCGACCACCGUAUAUCUCUUCUUCGGUAUGGCUGGAUCACUGUACUCGAUCACAUAUCCAGCUGCCCAAGGCGACUACAUUACUCAAUCCUGGGCCUGGGGUCUAGCAGUCACAGCCGGUAUCUACGUCGGCGGCGGUGUCUCUGGAAGUCACAUGAACCCAUGGGUGUCUAUAGCAUUCUCCAUCUUCAGAGGUUUCCCGAAGAAGAUGUGCGCUGUCUACUGUUGCGUGCAGAUGCUUGCGGGCUUCGCCGCCGGGACUUUGGCAUGGUUCAUCUAUCGCGAUGCCAUCAUGCACAUCGACCCACAAUUGACGCCUUCAAUCACUGGAAAGGGCUUGUACACCAUCCCCCAAUCAUAUGUCUCCGUCGCCACCGCCUUCUUCAACGACUACCUCUCCGCGGCUCUUUACACCUGCGUCGCCUUCGCCAUCGGAGACGACAGCAACACCCCGCCCGGCUCCGGUAUGAGCGCCCUGAUCUACGGCCUCAUGUCCUUCCUCCUUUGCAUCUGCUUCGGCUACAACGGUCUCGGCGUGUCUCCUGCGCGCGACCUUGGCCCGCGGUUCAUCGCAUGGUGGGUCGGGUACGGUACGGAGACGUUCUCGAGCGGAUGGUGGGCGUAUGGGCCUAUUGCAGCGGGCUUGUCGGGUGUGCUCACGGGCGCGCUAGUGUACGAUGUGUUUGUCUUCGUGGGUGGAGAGAGCCCGGUGAAUUACAACUGGCCGAGUCCGAAGGAGCUGAGGGAUAGGGCGAGGGCGAAGAAGAGGGAGGCGAAGGAGAAGAUGGGGAAGUUGGAUGUGUAG